AUGUCUAUCAUCAAUCAAUUGGGAUUAAACACAAAGGUUCCUUAUCAUUUCUUAUUGUACUCCUUCACCUUUGGAGGUACCGCGUUUUACUCAUGGGUCGUGUCACCAAUUGUCUUUAAGAGGUUACCAUUGGAAGAAUUUUCCAACUUGCAAAACCAUGUAUUCCCUUGUUACUUUGGAGUACAAACAUUUGCUCCCAUCGUCUUGGGAUUGACUACCCCAUUGAAGUUUUGUCCCUUCACCGGAGGUUUAUUAGCCGUAUCUGCUGUUGGUGGUUUGAUUAACCUUGUAGGUUUGUUACCUGUCUGCAGAGGUCUUAAAGAAAAGAAAAAUAAGUUGAUUGCUGAUAAGCAAGACAAGGGACCAGAUGGCCAACCAACUGCUGAGUUCACUGCCUUAUCAAAGAAGUUUGGUGCCUACCAUGGUCUUUCUAUGUUGGUUAAUGUCAUUUCAAUUUUAUCCCUCGGUGUUUACGGUACUGCUUUAGCCAAGGGUUUAGCAAAGUUGUAA